AUGUCACCUGGGGAUGGUGAUGUCUCAGAAAGCCUCUCUGAUAUUGACGAUGCAGAGGUUGUUGGGUACCUUAACAGCAAGCAGGCGGCACUGUUUAAAAGAAUGAUUUGGGAAGCAAUGAACAAGGACUAUGAUAAGGGAAAGAGUAGAAAACGAGCCAGAAUGGCCAAGAAAGCCGCUCCUGCUAAAAAGCUAGAAAAGGCUGUCAAAGUUUCUACUGUGAUGGAUACUAAGAAUAGGCUGAGUUCAAAAAUCAACUAUGAUGCUUUGGAUAAAUUAAAUGAAGAGCUUGGUUAUGCACCUGCAUUUGAAGAAGGCACAAAGUCUAAUUGUGGUAGUCAAGGUGAUAUGCAACUGUCAAAUGAGAAGAACAGUUUUGAAGGCAGUCAUGAUGAUGAUUUUGAGCAUGAAAGUAAUGGAUUCAGUGAAGAAGCUGAAGCCAGAAAAGGCCAGGAUGAUGAUACGUAUGUUGCAAAUGACCAAUAUAAUGGAUGCAACUAUGAUGACGAAUACAAUUACGAUGAGGAAUGCGAUUUUGACGAAUUAUGA